CUGACUUGUUCCUACUUCAGGUUGCGGAAGCCUCGUUUUCAGUGAAGUCGUGACGUCACUGUGCACCAUCUUGUUUCGAUAAUUCGUCUGUGAAAGAUUUGUAUGUUAACAAUUUUACGGCAGUUUUAAUGUAUCUAGAUAGUUUGGUAUACCUAAGUUGCCGUCAGAAUGUGCAAGAUGAAGCUUCUAGAAUCAGGUGUAUGAUAAAGAAUGAGUUAACUAACGUUGUAUAGUGUGUUAAGACGGGUUUUCGAAAUUGCUCCAAUGCCCAACACAAGUCAAGGAAACGAUGCAUGCUCAAGGAAGGAAACUACGGUAAAUCGACUGAGAGAGCAGCUACGGCGCAAACGAGAGGCUUUGGCUGAUCAUUUUGACUAUGAGCUUUAUCUAGCGUUCAUAUUCAAAGAAAAGAAGAAGCCAGCGUUGUUUAAAGUGGCUGAGGUUAUUCCUAUCAUGACGAAUAAUUAUAAGGACAGUAUCAUGAAAGGUGUACAGGAGAAUGCCUACAGUCUGGAGAGCUCCCAGGAGUUGCUAGAUAAAGAUGUUGUCCAGUUACAUGCAACAAGAUAUCAGUCGAUGAGAAAGGAUGUUCCUGGUUGCACACAAAAUGUUGAUUUUUUUCUCUGGCCACGGAAUGACAUUGAGAAGAUUGUGUGUCACUUAUUUUCUCGUUGGAAAGGAGACGAAAACGCAGAAUUCAAGCUAGUUCAGGUACCAUUUGACUUCAAUCACAGUGAUUAUAAGAAACAGCUUCUCCAUUUGAUACCAAGAAAGGCCAGUACUGGAUUGAUUGUUAGCAAUCCAUCACAAGCAUUCUUCUUGUUUGUCAAUAGACACAGGCUUCAGACGCCAGAUAAUAAUUCCAUUUACUUCAGUUUGUCAAGCUUUUGUCUUCACGUUCCACAGGAUUUGCUUACCAUGUGGGGACCUGACACAGUUGAUAACACUCUACUGCAGUACUAUCAAGAUUGAUAGCAAUAUGCUGAUAUCCUUGAUAUCCUUGAUACUACAAUUACUUCUGGAUAUUAUAUGAUCAUCUUACUUAACUCUAUUACAACGCAAAAUAAGAUUUUUAAACAGAUAAAUCUAUAUUUGUCUGUGUUUACCAAUGCUAUUUAGUACUAUCUGAUACUAAUCACAUAUAUAGUGACUUUAUUUCUUACUAUUUUAUGUUUUUGGAAUCAUUGUUAAAAAUAUUGUUUUUUUUUUACAUAAAACUGCACCAUUGUAUUUCUUGAAUGCACGCACUGAGGAAGCAUUUUAGCAGGAAUACAUGUGGUUUUAACAGCAUUUAAUGUAGAAUUAGUAUAUUUUGCUAGUAGUUUUAGCUGUUGAGUUCGCUGUCACGAUACCAAUGUUCGGUUGAUAAAAGUUACAUAUCAUUCAGAUAAAGAAACCACAAAUAAAAAUAUUGCGUUAAUUUGAA